AUGCUGGCAUUGCGGGAGAAGACAUGGGAUACUAGCGACUCAUCUGACGAUGAGCGUGCAGGGGCCACCGCUCCGAUGGUCUUCGCUGCCCAGACGCGAGUGCCCCGGUAUGCCCCUCCGUCGUUGCAACCGCAGGUAGCGCCGGUCCUGGAAGCCACGGCGAAAUUAAGAAUGAAAUCGGUUAUGGUUGUGGAUGACGGCAUGCAUGGUUUUGGUGAAGACAGCCGGGCGGUUCCUGUGGCGACGAUGCCGCCGAUGCCGAACUCGCCCGGGCCCCUAGCUUCACCUUCGAUCCCAAUGCCGCCAGAGCCUACUGAUCAGCCGGUAGGCGGCGGGCUGUGGAAGAGAUCCAAGUCUCAGCGGCGGACGCGGACGAUCAAGGAGCUAAUCGAUGGCUGGUGGGAUCUUGGGUUGCUGGAGGCGCAGAAGAGACAGACCAUGUUGGCGAAUAAGGGUCUUGCUGCGGCUCCGAGCAAACGAGACUGA